GUUGAGGUAAACAUGGCGGCUGUUGGACCUUUAAGAAGAAUCGCCAGACUGAGCUCCAGCAUCUGCAGGAGCCAUCGUUUAAUUUUUAACAGAAGCCCACAGAGACGAGGAAUAGCUUCAUGUAUCGACCCUGCUCAUGGACUCACAGAUGAACAGAAGGAGUUUCAAAAAGUGGCCUUUGACUUUGCAGCCAAUGAAAUGGCUCCACACAUGGCAGAGUGGGACCAGAAGGAAGUGUUUCCAGUAGAGACGAUGCGAAAGGCAGCCCAGCUGGGGUUUGGUGGGAUCUAUGUUCAGCCUGAUGUUGGAGGAUCGGGUCUUUCUCGGCUGGACACAUCGGUCAUCUUUGAGGCCUUGUCCACGGGAUGCGUCAGCACCACAGCUUACAUCAGUAUCCACAACAUGUGUGCCUGGAUGAUCGACACCUUUGGCAAUAUUGAACAGAGGGAGAAGUUCUGUCCUGAUCUCUGUUCGAUGGAAAAGUUUGCUUCCUAUUGUCUGACUGAACCGGGCAGUGGAAGUGAUGCUGCCUCACUACUGACCACUGCGCAGCUGAAAGGUGACCAUUACAUCUUGAAUGGUUCAAAGGCCUUCAUCAGUGGGGGAGGAGACACCGACAUAUAUGUUGUGAUGUGCAGAACUGGAGGUAAAGGACCAAAAGGCAUCUCAUGUUUGGUGGUUGAGAAGGGAACCCCAGGCCUCAGUUUUGGCAAAAAAGAAAAGAAGGUGGGUUGGAACUCCCAGCCAACCAGAGCAGUGAUAUUUGAGGAUUGUGCCGUUCCAGUGACCAACCGGCUCGGUGAGGAAGGUCAAGGAUUCUCUAUCGCCAUGAAAGGACUGAAUGGAGGCAGGAUUAACAUUGCAUCCUGUUCUCUUGGGGCGGCACAUGCCAGCGUACAGCUCACAAAGGAUCAUCUCUUGGUACGCAAGCAGUUCGGAGAGACGCUCUCCAACAACCAGUUUCUUCAGUUCAAACUGGCAGAAAUGGCCACCAAGUUGGUCGCGUCCCGCCUCCUGGUACGUGAAGCAGCGACGGCGCUGCAGGAGAACCGGGCUGAUGCAGUUUCUCUCUGCUCCAUGGCCAAGCUCUUUGCCACAGAUGAGUGCUUUAAUAUCUGCAACCAGGCUCUUCAGAUGCACGGUGGGUACGGUUACCUCAAAGACUACGCAGUGCAGCAGUUUGUCCGGGACAUCAGAGUACAUCAGAUCCUGGAGGGCACCAAUGAGGUGAUGAGGAUGAUCAUAUCCCGAAAUCUGCUGACAGAGUCCUGAUAAAUCUUUGUCCCUGGAUCUUCAAGUGACUGUAUUAGUGACCAUAUUGUUAUGGUCCUCACCUCUGGUUUGUUACUGCGUGACUGGUUUCUGAAAAUGCACACUGCAUCAUAGGAUUUCUGAGGGUGACAAAAGGUCAUUGCAGGAUUGGGGGUAAACCAGCAGGAAAAAAGGAGGCUUUUCUAGUGCAAUUUUCUGUCUUUUGUUUGAGUUUUAACGACACUGGGGAAGGGAAUAUUGAUUCAUCAGUCUGUUGUCCAACUAUGGUCCAGAGUGAAAUAUCUCAGUAAAAUUUAAACCAGAUUUCGAAGAAAAUGUGGUACAUUCAUUGUUAAAGGAGGAUUAAUUCCAAUGACACCACUGAUCCCCUGACUUUUCAUGUAGCACCAACUGCAGUUCAAGAUUUCCACAUGUCCAACAGUUCUUUGACAAGUGUUGUCUGAAUUUCAGGCGAUACUUGCCAAUAUAGCAGACUGAAAUGCUAAAUGUUAGCAUAUUACACUAACAUACCAACAUUAGAAUUCAGAUGUACCUAAAUAUAAUUAAAGCAGACAAAGGACAUUUUAUUUACACAAUGUAACUGAUGAAUGAUGACAGUGUCAGAGUCUGACAGUGUUCAGCUGAGCCAUAUGUCAGCCAUGAGUCACCUCCUAACCACUGUACACAGUCAUGCUAACAGCUCUCUGAGGCUAUACUUAGGCUCAUCGGUGCUUUGAUCCAAAUGCUAACGUUAGCUCGCAGUGACAAUGUGACAGUGACAAUGCUAAUGUGCUGCUGUUUAGCAAGUAUGUUUCUGCUAAUUAGCACAGAAUACAAAGUACAGCUGAUGAGUUGUGCAGGUAUUUGGACAAAGUGGACAUUUGAAUAGAUGGGGGCACUAGAUAAAAAGUUAAGGAUCACCAAGUUAUCACAAUUCACCCUGGGAGGGACGUGAGCCUGUGUAAGAAAUUUCAUGGGAAUCCAUCCAAUAGUUGUAAAAAUGUUUGUGCCAAAAAGAUUGACCUUUAGUGGUACUAAAGGAAAUAUCAGAGAAUUAAGUCAAUUGGAGUCAUCCUCUGGGCACCAUGAACGCCUGUAAUCUGCAAUCUAUCCAGUAGUUGUUGAGAUAUCUCAGUCUGGCCAUCGCCAUCCCUGGAGCCACGCUGCUAGCAUAGUUUAAAAACCCCUUUUGAACAGUACAAAAUUGCGAUUUUACUUCCAACAGUUCUGUUUCCUGUGAAUAUGCUUGUGUGGAUAAAGUUUUAGUCUUGUUUUUCUAUAAAAAAGCUGCUCAUUACAACAGUUUCACUCAAUUUGUGGGCAGAUAUAUCGGUUAUGUGUUAAUGAAAGGAUGUGUUUGUUCUACUGUAAAUCACACAUCUAUAUCACAUGCUGUCUGAGCAUCUCUGUCCCUAAAGUGUCCUUUCAGAUCAUAUUUAUCUUCAUAGUUACUGUAUUGUUAGUAUGUUGUGUGUUCUGUCAUAUGUGAAAUGGCUACAGGAAACAAUGCUGUGCGCCACAAAUGCAGAUAUAUUGGUUGUGUAGUGUAGUUUGAAAUGUCCCUUUAUUUGCUGAUCACACUCCAAAUAAAAUCAU